AGCGGGCUUCUUAGCAUGCGUCUGGUCUGCCCCCAACUCGUCGGCCCUCCCCCUCCCCCGUCCCCGCAGCGGGGGUGGGGCGGGCGGCGAGGGGGCGGGAUUGGGGCCGGGGCGGAGCCCCCAGGGCGCGGGGCGGGCCGAGCGCGGCUGCAGGUGUCUGCAGGCCUUAAGGGCGCGGCGUGCGCGCCCGGCCGAGCACCCGCCGCCGCACAGCGAGCCCCGCGUUCCCGCCGCCGCCCCUUUCCCCACUCCCCCGCAAGCCCCGGCUGCUCCCGCCCCUCAGCCCGUGCCGCAGGGAGGAGCUGCGGGCUCUCGCCGCGCCGGCCCGAGCGCGCCGCCGGCGCCAUGCCCCGCAUAGAUGCCGACCUCAAGCUGGACUUCAAGGAUGUCCUGCUCCGACCCAAGCGAAGCAGCCUCAAGAGCCGAGCCGAGGUGGGAUCUUUUGCCCGGGUGGCGCGGGGGAGGUGGGUGCAAGGCGCCGGGAUGUGCCAGCCUUGCCAGCUUUUCUGUGUGUCUGGAGAUGGAUGGGACGCUGACCACCUUUGCCCUCGUCACCACUGUAGAAGGGGGAGGGCAGCUGGUUCCCUGCCAGCUCCUGGAGGGACAAGCCUAAAAGCAUAUCGGAAAAGAAGGAUUGAGUCACAGAGACCCACGUCCUCAGCUGGAGAUGCUAUUUGUAAAGUGGUUUGUCCCAGUUCCACGGAGACGCCCUCCAACUCCAGGGGCACACGCACCUUCCUGCCAUCAUCACACAAGGAUGGAGGCUGCACGUGUCCAGGAGAUGUCGCCAAAGCCUUUGGAGCCGGAGCAGAUUUUGUCAUGCUGGGAGGGAUGUUUUCGGGCCAUACUGAGUGUGCUGGAGAGGUGAUCGAGAGGAAUGGACAGAAGCUCAAGCUGUUCUAUGGGAUGAGCUCAGAGACAGCGAUGAAGAAACAUGCUGGAGGGGUUGCGGAGUACAGAGCCUCGGAGGGCAAGACCGUGGAAGUGCCUUACAAAGGGGAUGUCGAGAACACUAUUCUGGACAUUCUCGGGGGACUGAGGUCUACCUGCACCUACGUAGGGGCCGCCAAACUCAAAGAGCUCAGCAGGAGGGCGACGUUCAUCCGGGUGACCCAGCAGCACAACACCGUGUUCAGCUAACCUUGAGAUCAAGGACGAGACGACCUCCAGCCUCGCGAAGCAUCUGCACAGGCCUGCUUUCCCAUCCCCCUCCUCCUGUGACAGCAGAGGUUCCGGCUGAUCCCAGAAGCAAGGCACUUCCUGGGUCAGUGGCUGGAGCUCAGCUGCCCGGAACGUGUAACCUCCUUGUUAAAACUAACACGCCUUUUUCUUUUCUUUUUUUUUUAAGAAAAUGGUUUCACUUUAAUAUAAUGCUAUGAAGACUU